UUGGAAAAACUAGAAAACGUGGGAAGCCAAGAUGAAUCGGUGGUGAAAAAAAGAGAGUUCAUUAGAGAGAGUGGUGAAGGAGUUUCCCGUGCACAGUAAAAGCAUAUGUUUUUCCUAAUUGAAUGCGACUCCUCGAUCAGUUGAAACAGCAGUUACUCCGCACUCACUAUCAUGACUCCGAACUUCCCCUUACGUGAUCCCACUCCCAAUCCCCACCACCAGCCAUCUCCAAAACUUCCUCUCCUCUCUGUAAACACGUAACAAGGUGACGGUUGAAACAUUACCAGCUGCACAUUUAUGUACAGCAUGCGCUCACGCAAUUGGUUACUGUGUUUAUCCAUGCAGCAUUUACCCCUUUUCAUGAGGGUCGUCUCCUUCUUUUUAUAUCUCCUAACCAACCACCCCAUCAUCUCUUAUUACUCCUCCUUGCUUUCUAUUUUUGACAAGUACAGCCGCGUUCUUACAUUGAGGUACUUAUAUCUAGUAUCUCUAAACUACAGUCAAAAGGGCUUCCUGUCAGAGUCUUUUAUUGUUCAAUAGAUACAUAUAUAUUAGUGUAUUGGUUAAGGGUUUUUUUGGUAGCCACGGGUGAAGUAUGGAGAUAAGUUUGCUUUGUGAUGAGCUGUGGCUUUCGAAUCCUGCUGCUGAAACUUGUCAUGAACCCACACAAUGCAUUUUAGAGAAAUGUCCUGGAGAUUUGUUUCACAUUAGUAAGGAAGACUGUGAACAGGCUGGUGUUAUUUGCUUUGAGAAGGAGUUGAGUUACACGCCUGAACCUGGAUAUUUAGAGUAUCUCCACUCUAGUAAUUUGAUGGAGUUUAGGCACAAAGCAAUUCAAUGGCUUUUCAAGUCCCGCAGUCGGUUGAAUCUCCGCUUUGACACUGUUUUCAACGCUGUAAAUCACCUUGAUAGAUUCAUAUCCUUGAACCAGUGCCAUGGAUGGAAAUAUUGGAUGAUUGAAUUGCUGUCUGUGGCUUGUUUAUCAGUUGCAUCCAAGUUUUCUGAGACCUCUCCUCCUUUAUUGCAAGAGAUUCAGUUGGAGGACCUUGAACAUUGGUUUGAAUCAAGCACAAUAAGGCGGAUGGAAUUGACCCUAUUAAAGAAUUUGGGAUGGCACCUUGGCUGUGUAACCCCUUACUCUUAUCUGGAACUGCUGCUAUCCAAGAUUGAGUCUCUCGAAUCUCACCUUCAGAAUCAAUUAACCACCCGAUUCACUCAGCUUCUUUUCGGAGCUUUAUUAGAUUUCAAACUGUUGGAAUAUCGGCCAAGUCUUAUUGCCAUAUCCGCUCUACAGUGCUGUCUCAAUGAGCUAAUGCCGUCAUCUUGUUCACACCUUGCUGCUGCUACAACAAGUCUCUCUAACCAUUUUACAAAGGAUGAUCUUCAGAAGUGUCAUAUGAUGAUGAAAUCACGGGUGGUGGAGCCAUUAUCCGAUAUAUUAGUCAGUGGGAAACUUGAGACGUGGCCUUCGAGUCCUGUGACAGUUUUGGUGAAGGAGAGGGUUGACAUUUAUGAUUCCCAAGUUGAUUUGUCUAUCUUCAAACUGCCUGGCUCCAACAUCAAGAUUAUUGAAUCAAGUAAAAAGAGGAAGAGGCAGUCAGAAAAGUAGGAGGGCUGUUCAAAGAGCAUCAUUUCCUUUCUAUCAACUGACAAUGAAAAUCAGACUCUACUCAUUAAUCUAAUCAAUAAAGAAAUUAACAUA